AUGGCUGACGAACGCUUUGAUUCGAUGCUGCUCGCGAUUGCGCAGCAGCAGCAGGGCAUCGACGGCAUCCUCGACACCUUCUUCUCCUUUCUCAACCGCAAGACGGACUUCUUCACUCAGCCUGACAUGGCGCGCCGCAGCGUGCAGCAGGCCAUGAGCCGCUACCUGGCUGAAGCCGAGGAGAAGCAGCGCAAGGCGAAAGAAGCGCAGGCGGCCGCCCAGAAGCAGUCUACGCGCACCUCUUCUCGAGUGGAGGUUCUCGAGAGCGAGGAGGAGGUGAAUGCCGUGGCCGCCGCUCAGACCGCAAAGGAGGCCGCACAGCGGAAGCAGGAGCUCGAGAGGGCGCAGCGCGAAAUCGAAGAGGCGAAGGCAAAGAAGGAGGCACCAGCGAACGGGGCGGAAACAGACACGAUGGAGGCCUUUGCCGACAACGACGAUGCCCCGCGCGGACUGCCGCCCACGGCUGCCAACGGCUUCGCCUAUGAAAAGUAUAUCUUCUCCCAGUCCCUGCAGGAAGCCGAGGUGCGCGUGCCGCUGCCGGCGGUAAACGUCAAGGGGAAGCAGGUGAGCAUCGUGAUCACGAGCAACCACCUGACGGUGGGGAUGAAGGGGCAGCCGCCCAUCGUGGACGGAGAGCUGUACAGCAAGGUGCAUGCGGAGGAGUGCAUGUGGACCAUCGAAGACGGCCACACGGUCGUCGUGACGCUCUACAAGGUAAACUCAAUGGAGUGGUGGAAGACGAUCUUCCAAGGUGAUCCAGAGAUUGACCUGCAGAAGGUAAUGCCGGAGAACUCGAAGCUGGACGAUCUCGACAGCGACACCCGUCAGACGGUCGAGAAGAUGAUGUACGACCAGCGCCAGAAGAUGAUGGGCAAGCCAACCUCCGAUGAGCAGAAGAAGCAGGAGAUGUUACGGAAGUUCAUGGAGGCGCACCCCGAGAUGGACUUCUCCCAGGCGAAGUUCUGUUAA